UCUUGCUCAGGCUGGUUUCAAACUCCUGAUCUCCAGCGAUCCCUCCGAUCCCUCCGCUUCCACCUCCCAGAGUGCUGUGAUUACAGGCGUGGGCCAUCACGUUUGGCCCAGCCUAAACUUUUUAACAUACUAUGUCAAUAUUAUUUAGGAAGGCAAAUAUGUAAGAGGAAAUGUGAUUUCCUAGAUUAGUUAAAAAGCAGACCUUUAAAAACACUAGUUUCUUUUUGUGGUUCAAUGGUACUUAAUUCAACAGGUUUAAGAAGUUUCAAACCCAGAGUUAGAAAAUCAGUUUAAAUCCGUUUCUUUAAUGCGCCAAAGAAAUAACUGUAUUGCCUUGUCAUGUUUAAAUAGUCAUAGUUUACAGGACGCUAGGUUUGGACAUCAUUUAGUGUUUCAACCCAUUCUGUGAAAGAUGGGUUCAAACUUGCUGUUUCCACCUGUAAUGUUUCAUUUUAGGAAAACUCUUUUAUCAGCUUUAUGUCCAAACCAGUAAGUAUACUUACUACUGUCUUGAGUUAAAUUCUUUUUUAAGUAACCGGAGCGGUUUUGCAGUAUCGCAGUUAUGUUUUGAAAGUCCUGCUCUUGGGUCUAGUCCUUAAUCUUUGAGAAAGCAUAUGGGAUAUACAGCGUUGGCUUUCAGAUCACUGAUAAUGAAGAACCAGAGUUCCUGUAGUCCCGUGUUCCAGUUGAAAGGGAUCUGUAGGGCCGCACUAGAGAUGUUUCACCAGCUGCAGUGUUUUAAAUUCCAAAAUUCACAGGUGGUCCUACGCUGGUUAAAAACUCAGGAACCAAAAACCACCUUGGUGAGAACUGAGGUCGGAAAUCAGAGCCUUGCCGAUGGCACCGGGGGUAGAGUCGCUCCGACUAGGACAUAGUCCGCACCGCGGCUGGGACUGGUAGAAGCUGUGCCCGCUCCGGCCAGCCGCGGACUAAGCGGGGUCCCACCCCGGAAGUGCUGAGAAGAACUUCCGCCCCUGUGGAGAAGGUUUUGUAGAUGCUUGCGGCUCCCCGGCAGAGAGAGUGGUAUGCAUUGGGGCGUUGGCUGGGUAGGCGUUGCACUGCUGCAACCCUCCAGACCUCCUCUCCCCAGGCUAGCCUGAAUGGAACGGUGGGUGGGGAUUACACCGAAAUGCAACCUUCCCAGAAAGGGUUUUUCUCGCCAUUCAGAGCUGCAAGUGCCCAGAGUUGGGAUGGCUUCCCUCGUAGGGGUACAGCCCCGAUAUUUCCUGCCAGCUUCAGAGCUUCAUUGAGUCAUAGCCACAAGUUAGGUCAGUACAAUUGCGCUUCUGGUACAAUUGGUAUCAUUGCCCACCAGACCUUCAGCUCGCUUUUUCAAACGAAAGAGGAAAACUACAAAUAAUUGGAGAUAAGUAUUAGGAGCUCUAAAUUUAGGAGAGGCUUCCUUUCCCACUUCCACUUCUUGUGAGCGUUAACAUUUCCUUUUGAAAGCAGAAUAGACGUCUGUAUUUCAGCUUGGCAGUGAGUGGUCACCUUUCCACUUAGUGAUCACUUCCAUCCACGCCAUAGCAAUCUUCCAAAAACCUCCAUGGUAGUCUCUCAGGACGCCCUUCUGUCUCCUCCAGCAGUGCUCAGGGGCAAUGACAGGGAGAUUCCCAUGGCAGACUUGCUGCAGCAGCAUCUGAUCUAAGAGCGCUUUGCAAAUUAAAUCCUCAUUUAACAUUGUACUUUUUUCUCCCAUAACCCUUAGUAAUUAGUAUGCUAUGACAGUAUUUGCUUUUUAUUUGAGUAAAAUAAUGUUUCUUUUACAGAAGUGUUCCUGAAGAAAAGGCUUUCUGAAGGAGUCUUACUAAAUUGCGGACUCUCCAAUUUAGUGCCUCAUAGAGGACCUGGUUUCCUUGGUCCCAAGGAUUCUGUUCAUGAGAAAACUCUCCAGGCUAGCAUGCUAUAAGCUGGCUCCAGCAGCCCAAUUGACAAUGGCUGAGGCCAGUUUCUGCCAUUCCUGACUAUCCUGCCUAAGGAGCACCAGGUCUGGGAGUGGGAGCAGCACUGGCUGGGGGAAGGAGAGUUGUCCUUGCAGAAGUGGAUGGGAAUGAUAAAAGCACUUGCCUAGAGUUGUUAUGAGGAUUACACGAACAGUAUCUGGUACAUAGGAAGUACUAUCCAGGUCUCAGCUCUUACACAUAGUCAGGAAGUAACUUGACAAGAUAUGCAGAGGGAGAAUAACUCUUUCUCCAGUGUCACCCAGGAAUAUACCAUCUAAAUGUCAGUAACAGAGGCUCUUCCAUCUACAGAAGAGUUGUGUUAAACUUUGACAUUCUGUGGUUUUCUGGAGGUUCUGGAAUUAAGGGAACUAAGAAGACUGAAAAAAAAAAAAAGACACCUGCUAUUUAACAGGAUCAGCAUAAGUGAGUUAUGAAUGCUUAGCAGAGUCUGAUUAAGUUCAGAGUGAGGCUACAGCAGGAGGAAAUCCAGCUCAGCCUGGCCAUUUCCGUGAUUUUUAUUGUGUAGGAGCUCCAUCUUUGCUGCCCUGUUGUCUGGGAUAUAAGUUGUAAGUAUAUUUCCACUUCUUGUCUUUGACUUUGCUUAAGAUGCUUUGUUUUACCUCAUAGGAGUUUUUAUUCUUUAUAUGUGGGUCAAAUUUAUCAAUCUUUUUAUUUAUGACCUCUGGAUUUUGGCUCAUAAUGAGAAAGGCCUUCCUACUGUGAGGUUAUGUAAGACUCACUUUUUCCUCUGGUACUUUUUUGGUUUGGUUGAUAACAUUUAAAACUUUGAUUUAUUUGGAAUAUUUCCUAGUGUAUAGCAUGAAUUAAGAAACCAAUUUAAUGUCUUUCCAGGUGAUUAUCCAGUUCUCUCUAUACAUUUAUUGAAGAGUCUACUCUGCUUUUUCUUACUUAUGUGUUACCUUUAUUAUAUGCUAAAUUUCUGCUGUGAUUAUGUCUAUAUCUGGACUUUAUGUUCUGUACCAUUUGUCUAUCUCAUCAGUACCACACUGUUUAAAUCUUAAGGCUUUAUAAUAUGUUUAAAAUCCUUUAGGGGAAGUGCCCCUUCAAGUGCCCUUCUUUUUGUUUUCCCAGGUAGUCUUGUUUAUUUUUUUAUGUCAAAACUAAAACCUUCUAAAAAGUUGAUAUUUUUACUGGAGUGGUGUUAAAUUUACAGAUUGAUUUUUGGGGCUAGUCUCUGAGGAGCCAGCCAUACAGUAGCUCACUGCAGAGGCAAGCUCUAUAUUCAGUUGUCAUCCAGGUGGUUUAAUCUGUUGUCUGACCACGUAAAUUUUGUUUACUUCUCAGUUUUCUUAUAUAUGAGAGAAGUUUAAUGUCAGGCCUUCAGGAUAAAAGGAAAUAAGUAGUGUAAAAUGCCUUUUGAGGGGUAAAUAGAAUCCUUUCUUCACACCUCCUCGCACGCCCACCCCAUUCUUGUCGACUCACGACUCACGAGAGGGAAGCCUCCAAAGAUCCUAGAGCGGAUCAUCAGGUGCAGAAGCGCGAGAUUCCGCGGAAAUCGACCUCUGUAGGCCGACAGCUGUCUUCGAUCAUUUGGUCAGUUAGUUUAAUCGCAGUUUUCCAGGAACCAAUCCAGAGAUAUGAACAAGGUCUCAACUCUGAAAAGAUUUUUGUAAGGAUGGACCCACACCAGAAGGUCCCUGGUAUAUAUAAUGGGGAUACUUUACUGAUUCCUGAGUAUGAAAAAGUCUCUUGGUAUGAGGACCAGUUAGAAAGGCAUGAGGUUAGGCCCGCAGAAGAAAGAAGGUAUAAAUGCAGUGAAUGUGGAAAGAAGUUUGCCCAGAGCUCAGGCCUUGUUCGACACCGGAGAAUCCACACUGGAGAGAAACCCUAUGAGUGUGAUCACUGUGGAAAAACUUUUAGCGUGCGCUCAACCCUCACUGUGCAUGAGAGAAUCCACACUGGCGAGAAGCCCUAUACUUGUAAUGAGUGUAAGAAAGCCUUCAGUGUAAGGGCACACCUGAUUAUACAUCAGAGAAUCCACAAUGGAGAGAAACCUUAUGAAUGUAAUGAGUGUGGCAAAGCAUUUAGUGUGAGCUCAGAUCUUAUGAAACAUCAGAGAAUCCAUACUGGUGAGAAACCUUAUGAGUGUCAUGAGUGUGGGAAAGCUUUCAGUGUGAGCUCAGCCCUCAUCAAACAUCAGAGAAUCCACACAGGAGAAAAGCCAUAUGAGUGUAAGGAAUGUGGGAAGGCCUUCUAUGUGAAUUCAGCCCUUAUUAAUCACGAGAGGAUUCACACUGGAGAAAAGCCUUAUGAGUGUGGAGAGUGUGGAAAAGCAUUCAGCCAGAUCUCAACCCUUAUUCAUCACCAGAGAAUCCCUACUGGAGAGAAACCAUAUGAGUGUGAUGAGUGUGGGAAGGCUUUCCGUGGGAGCUCUAAUCUUACUAAACACCAGAAAAUACAUGCCAAAGGAAAAUGUCAUCAGUGAUUUAUGUGGUAAAUAUAUUCCAAAGGUGUUUUGUUGCAUCAGAAGAUACCAUCAAAAGAAGAGUAUGGUUAAAGUUAGUGCCUUAAUUGACACUUCAUCCCUUAGACUAUUAAAGAAGUGAGAAGUCACUGAAAAGUGACUCCAUCAGCAUAAUGACUAAGGUUUAAAAUCACAUCUACUUAUGAGAAUGCAGUUUUACAACCCAUAAGGUAAAGCCAUUUAAAAAUCAUAUACCACAAUGUAGUUUAUUGGCUUAGUAAAAGCAAACUGCAGUAAUUCAAACAUUUUUAUUUUUCAUGUCCAAGCCUUUUAUUGUUUUGUUGCUACCAGUAUUAUAGAUGAAACAUUAAAUUUUGAAAUUGGAAACAGUGUUGGUUAGAGAGGGACCACACAUCCUCAUUGAAUCUGGAAAUAUCAACCUGUUGAUCUUUUUUUUGCCUUUGAUGUAUCACUGUGCUCUGAAGGAUGAUUAAAUGCUGUCCACCAGAUCAUAACCUAACUUCCUAACCAUAAUCCCCAAACCCUAUAUAUGUAUAUAUGUAUAUCUAAAACUUAGGAGAGAAAUAUACCUUUUAAAAUUACUUUGUUAUUAUUUUUCUAUUUUAACAGUGAUUUCUCACUCCUGAGUAACAAACCUGAAAUUUUUGUUCCCUGAAAUUUAACUCCUAUGAGGUUCAAGGUGACUACCAAAUUGAUAGAAAUUGUAGAUUGCCUUGAUGAUCCACAAUUUAAACAGGUAGGAGGGAACACUGUCUGGGAAUGAAAUGGUGUUCUCAGAGUAGGGCUCUGUGUUGCAAAGGGAUGCAUUGUUUCCCUCUAUUCUCCUUUAGUACUUCAGCUGUAAGACACACUAGACUUCAUGAAGCUCUGAGCCAACUUGUGGCCAGUAGGCACUGAGGUCACAGAUGCAUGUGAAAAAGCACAUUGUGAAGCCUCUGGUAUUGGGAUAGUGCUAGCCACCUUGUCCAAGUAGUAUUAGGCCUGGAUAUGGGGAUUGAAAGCAGAGAAGGUCAUGGUUCUGGAGCUCAAAUUGAGGAGGUAUGAGGUCACUCAGGGAAUGGGGCAUGUAAGAAAGUAAAACAUAUAGGCAGAAGUAAAGGGCCUCAGCAGAAUACCAGGAAGUUCUCUUUGCUGUGCUGGGUUCAAGUGUGAAUUCCUUUGCCCUACUUAUAUUUGGCAGUUGAGGGAGAUUGUUCCCUUUUGAUCUGCCCUGUCACCCAUUUCUCUGCUAUUAUCUUCAAUGUUUUUAGUGUUUACCUUUUUGACCUCAGCUAUCUUGGCUUGUUCCUAGGGUGGAGGUUUACAGACAGAGUCAUCUGGGUAGAGAACACCUGGGAUCAGCAAUGAAAAAAAAGCACCCUACUACUCUCAGGGGACUUCCAGUCUAUAUGAAGACAAGGAGAAGAGAGUAGAUAGAAAACAAUGAUUACAGUGAUAAUGCCACUGGAUUUGUAGAAUACCUUGCACUGAAGAAAGUAUAACAAUAACUCAUGAGACAGGCUUUGGAGGAGGAUGAAAGCUUAAAGAAAAAUUAGUUUUUGAGCCACCUGUGUGAAAAAGAAGAAUGAAGGAAGGUACAGUGGGAAUAGCAUAUGAAAAAGCACAGUGCAUCUGGCCGAAGACAAUGAAGUUUUCAAGGACUGAUCAUAGAAUGCAUAUAUGAAAGUAGUAUACCAUGACCAGACCAUGAAAUUCUUGUUUGCUGCGCUAAAAGGUGUGAAACAUGGCUGGGCACAGUGGCUCACACCUGUAAUCCUAGCACUCUGGGAGGCUGAGGUGGGAGGAUCGCUCAAG